AUGAAGAGUACAGAAGGAGCUGCUAUGGAUGGCAAGCCCCGAGGCGAUGUUAUGGCGACUUUCAAACGAAAAAGAACAAUAAAACGCUUUUUGUACUUUUGCAAAGAGAGAGGUAUAGACAUGGCCAAAACGGAAGAGUGUGAACUUCGACAUUGUUGGGACUCCAUGGUAUCUGAACAGUUGCCUAGUGGAAAUGACAAGCAAGGCUCAUCUCAAACACCAGUUAUGGAUGACCCCGAUGAUGCGCGGGAUGCCGUUGAUAUUGAGAAACUAAGUCAUGGCCUACCUCCAAGAACGUUAUCACUGAAUCAUUCAGAGAAAGCUGCUCAGUCGGAAUGGGAAAGGAUGAAUGAAAGGCACAAGGCUUACGGUAAGUGCGAGUGCAGCGCCUUGUGUGAUAGUGGUUGUAUCAAUGUCGAGGCGUUGAUUUUGUGUGACGACCAAACAUGCAACGCCAGGGAUUGCAAAAAUCAUUCAACUCUAGAAGAAAAGGGUUAUCUUCAGGAAAGUGAAACUGAGAACAACGGAAAGGGGUUGUAUCUUUGUGGUGAUGAUGCUCAAAAGGGUGCUAAGCUUGCACAAUACUCUGGAUCACCGAUCCUUGGGGACGAUCUGCGUCAGCUUCGAAAUGGAAAUGAUAAUGAAAUUACCGAGGGCCACUAUGUGGUAAAGUUGAAGCAUGGUGAUCUCUUUCUCGAUGCAGCAAACCAUGAAAUCAAGGCCAAAUACGCGAAUCACAGUUGCCAACCAAACUGUGAAUUGCAGGAAUGGCAGUACAGCAAUGGCCUAGCUCUCUUCUUGGUUGCUUCCAAGCUGAUCAAGAAAGACGACCCCAUAACCUUUCAGUACCACCCGACGGACCCUCCCACCUCCAUACGUGUCAGGUUCAAUAAACAACAACAUGACCAAGGCGUUUGUUAUUGUGCGUCCGAGCCAUGUCAAUGGCCACCUCGCAAGGCAAUUGAAGGUGUAUUGAAUUGGAUUAAGGAGCAAUAUCGAUGCUCAAAGAGUUUGGGAAAGGUGCCUCCCACCAUUGAUCUCACAUUUCCCCGGAACCCCAAGCGUGAGCAUGUUACUCUAAAUCGAAAAUGGACUGUCAAAAUGAUAGUUGACAAUGUGAAGAAGGUAUUGGAGAGUAACUUACCGAUAGUAAAGUAG